AAUUAAUUGUCUAAAGCUUAAUUCAUUUUUGUGAUUAAUUAGAAACAAAAGUGUUUAACUUGAUCAACUCUAUCAAUUUGUGUAUAUAAUAUUUAUCGUCCACAUAAUAAGACAAUAAGAUUAAUUUAUUGUUCGCAAUAAUUUUUAAUUAAGCGAAAUUUUCUUUUUCUCUUUUCAAAUUUUACUUUAAUUUUAGUUUCGCCAUCAAUUUCCUCCAUUUUAAUUACCUUGUGUAUUUGAAAAUCUAAUUUGUGUUCAACCAAAAGGACAAAUUUUCUUUCAUCUUUUGAUAAUUCGUCUCAACUAUCAACUUAACCCCAUUUUUCUGUUAAAUUGAAACAAUUUUCUCUUAAAUUUUGUUAAAUUAUCCUAAUUGUAACUUAACCUUUUCUCUCAAUUUCACUUAUGAUCCAUUAAUCCCAAGGUUAAACAUUUAACCCCAUACAAAGUGAACCUUUGUAAGUCCUUUUGCCUUUCAUAUCUUUUUAUUUAAGCUCAACUCUUUCUCUUGGUGAAAUAGUGAAAUUUAAAUUAAUUUGUUAAUUUCCCUUCUUCUUGUUGCUGCAAAAAUUAUUAAUCACCUUGAAUUGAUUACCAGUUCAAUUAGAUGCAAAUUACUCCUUAACAACAACACAACAAAAUAGCCAUUUAAAGUGGGAAAAGAUCAACCAUUUAAAAUUAAGUGUUAGCUCAACAAUUUAACCAAGAAAUUGAUUAAUUUCCGCAGUUAUUCAAGUAAGAAGAGGAAAAGCAAAUCAUCACAAGUCCAAUUCUGCCAAAAAAAGUAUAUAUUUGUUAAAAUUCAAUAAUCAACUGAUUGUAAUAAUUAAGCCAUUCUCCUGUUAGCCUUUUAAUCAAUUUGACAAACGUAUAUUAUUGUACAUUAUUACAUUACCAUUUUUCCUUCAUUGUUCACUUGAUUUUUUAUCCUUCCAUUUGUAAACUGAAACAAUCAAUUCUUCAUUUCAAUUUGUUGGUGAUAUACAUUUUGAAUUGUUCCCCUUUUUGAUUGACUGAAAUGUUAACUGGCCUUGCUAACUAUUUAUUUGGACUAAAUGAAUUUACUGACGAGGUUUUAGAAAAUCUUUUCAAAGAAACUCCAAUCAAAGGAGCUGAUGGCGAUGAUUGGAUUCUGGUUGAGCUUCGACAGCAACAACAAUUGGAUUCAAAUGGUUCUCAUGAACAAUCAAUUGGUUGUCCAGGUGAUAUUGAACCAGGUAGUGGAGGCCUUACUUCAACCAAUGAUGACGAGCAAUUGGAUCAGCAAAGAGCAUCUAAUGAAAUUUCAUUAAUCAAUGAUGAAGACAAACAAAGUACAAACAAGGAAAAUGUUAGUGAAGAUGAUAAACAAUCGACUGCCAACAACAAUUAUCCCACCGAAAAUGAUGAGGUUUCAUCGGAAGAAGAUGACGAUGAAGAAGAAGAAGAUGAUGAGGAUGAUCGAGAUGGUGAAGCAAUUGAUGAACUAAUCGCCAAUAAUAAUGAUGCAAAGAACCAAGAAACUGCCAUUAAAAGGAAAAAGAGAAAAUCUCGUGAAAACAAUAACCCUACAGGAACAAUGGAGGGAUCAUGGUUCAUGACACCACCUCCAUGUUUCGUGAGCCAUAAAAAAUCAAUCAAGAAAAUUUCCGUUUCACCAUUGGAAGAUAUACUGAUUGAACAUCCAUCGAUCAGUGUGUUCCAUUCGCACACUUCAUCUUCAUUGGAUUCUUUUUAUCCUCUUCCCUCUCAAUCAUCAUUAGCACCAACUCCAAACACCAUUGGAUCACCUUCAUCUUCUCAACAUUCGCCUUGCCCUACACUUCAUCUCCUUCCAUCACCAGGAAUUCGGUUCGCUGAUUUAACCUCAUUGGCAACUGUCGCUGUUUCAUCAAUCGUUGCAUUGGCCACUCCAUCAUCUUCUAAUCGAUCCAAUCGGUCAAAUAGAGGUCAACGAAAUGGAUCAUCAUCCAACAAUCGCAAUAAUAAUAAUAACAAUCGACUCAAUGAUGAGGCAAUUCAACCACCAAGAGCUGGUGAAACUCGAGGAGCAAAUCUCGAGAAUCAUGAAAGAACUGGACAUCUUUCUGAAAUUACCAAUCAUCAUUUAGCACCAAUGCAAAAAGCUAUGAACCAAGGAUCUCAAAAAUAUCUGAAAAAGUCUUUCCUUAAUCGACAAAAUCUGGUCAAAAUUCAAAGUAACCAACGGCCAACUCGCCGUCACCGAUGUACUCAACGGCCAAGUGGUUACUCUAACAAUCGUAAAAUGUGUUGACCCGUUUAAUCAAAUGUUGACCAUAAUCAUUAAUCAUCAUGGUCUCUCCGUUAAGCAAAAUGUUAAACAAAAAGCUAAUUAAUCUCAAAUCCAAAAAAACAAACAAACAAACAAAAAAACAUCAAUUAUCACUUAAUAUCAUCACCAUUAUCUAUUAUGAUUAUUAUUGCAUAUUAUUAUCAUCAUAAUCAAUUGCCUCUCUCUCUCUAUUAUUGUUAACUCUCUCCCUUUUCCCCAUCACCUUUAAUCAUCUUAAAAUAGUUGACAAUAAGGUGUUAAUUACUCGUUCUUUUAUUUUCUCUCUCGCCCCUCCCAAUUCAUUUAAUUCUUGUAAUUGCUCUAAUAUAUUCAAAACAUAUUUAAUGGUCAACAAUAUUAACAACAAUUCUGAGAUUGUGACUGAAACUGGAAACACAACUCAACACAAUUCAUAUGAUAACAAAAAACACACAACAUAUAUUAAUAAUAUAUAAUAUUCAUUACAUAA